AUGGCUAGCCCCACAGAUAAUAACGAGGGCUUCUUCUCAGAUGUCAGAAAGGUGGGUUACUUGCGCAAACCCAAGAGCAUGCAUAAACGCUUUUUCGUGCUGAGGGCAGCCAGCGAGUCUGGACCCGCCCGGCUGGAGUAUUACGAGAAUGAGAAGAAAUGGAGACACAAGUCAGGGGCCCCCAAGCGCUCCAUCCCACUAGAAAGCUGCUUCAACAUCAACAAACGGGCUGACUCCAAGAACAAGCACCUGGUGGCCCUCUACACCAAGGACGAGCACUUUGCCAUUGCAGCUGACAGUGAGCCCGAACAGGAGAGCUGGUACCAAGCGCUGCUGCAGUUGCACAACAGGGCCAAGGGCCACCACCACCUCCACCACCAUCACCACCACCACCACAGCGACGUCACCUUUGGAGGCAGCAAUGCGGGACUGGGGGAAGCAGGUGAGGACAACUAUGGUGAGGUAGCCCCUGGCCCAGCUUUUAAGGAAGUUUGGCAAGUAAUUCUGAAGCCUAAGGGCCUAGGCCAGACAAAGAACCUGAUCGGCAUCUACCGCCUGUGCCUGACUAACAAGACCAUCAGCUUUGUGAAGCUGAAUUCAGAUGCGGCUGCUGUGGUGCUGCAGCUCCUCAAUAUCCGCCGCUGUGGUCACUCUGAGAACUUCUUCUUCAUUGAGGUGGGGCGCUCGGCUGUCACUGGGCCUGGUGAGUUCUGGAUGCAAGUGGACGACUCGGUGGUGGCACAGAACAUGCAUGAAACCAUCCUGGAGGCCAUGCGAGCCAUGAGCGAGGAAUUCCGGCCCCGCAGCAAGAGCCAGUCCUCCUCAAACUGUUCUAACCCCAUCUCUGUGCCCCUUCGCAGCAGGCACCAUGUCAACAACCCUCCACCCAGCCAAGUGGGGCUCAGUCGCCGGUCCAGGACUGAGAGCGUCACGGCCACCUCUCCUGCUGGUGGUGGGGGUGGAGGUACGGGUGGCAAACCCAGCUCUUUCCGGGUUCGAGCAUCGAGUGAUGGGGAAGGCACAAUGUCAAGGCCCGCCUCUGUGGAUGGUAGCCCAGUUAGUCCCAGUGCCAGCCGGACUCAUUCGCAUAGACACCGCGGCAACUCCAGGCUCCAUCCUCCGCUCAACCACAGCCGGUCCAUCCCAAUGCCUUCCUCGCGCUGCUCUCCUUCAGCCACCAGUCCAGUCAGCCUGUCAUCCAGCAGCACUAGUGGCCACGGCUCCACCUCGGACUGCCUGUUUCCACGAAGGUCUAGUGCUUCGGUUUCCGGCUCCCCUAGCGAUGGCGGAUUUAUUUCUUCUGAUGAGUAUGGUUCCAGCCCUUGUGACUUUCGCAGCUCUUUUCGCAGCGUGACCCCAGAUUCAUUGGGACACACCCCACCAGCUCGGGGUGAUGAAGAGCUCAACUACAUCUGCAUGGGGGGGAAGGCCACCUCCUCUUGCUGCAGCCUGGCAGCCCCCAACGGCCACUUCAUCCCACGCACCUGCCACCAGCAGCAGCAGCCCCGCUACCCUAGUACGCCCUGCUGUCCUCGAGGUGGUGGUGAGGAGGUUGCCGACUUGGAGAAGGCAUUCAGGAAGCGAACUCAUUCUGCAGGCACUUCGCCCACCAUCUCCCACCAGAAGACGCCCUCACAGUCUUCGGUGGCCUCUAUUGAGGAGUACACAGAGAUGCUGCCUUCUUACCCAUGUGGUGGCAGCCGGCUGCCCUCCUACCGGCACUCAGCCUUUGUGCCCACUCACUCCUACCCAGAGGAGUGUCUGGAGAUGCACCACCUGGACAGUGGCCAUCAUCGGACGAACUCCGCCCCACACACAGAUGACGGCUACAUGCCCAUGUCACCAGGUGUAGCCCCUGUGCCCAGUGGCGGGGGGCCCCCCAAAGGUGGUGACUACAUGCCCAUGAGUCCUAAGAGUGUAUCGGCCCCACAGCAGAUCAUCAACCCUGGCAGGGGGGGCCGCCACCCUCCAGCCACGGUGGACUCCAACGGCUACAUGAUGAUGUCCCCCAGCGGCAGCUACUCCCCUGACAGCGGCUCUGCGGGCUACGGCAAGAUGUGGACAAACGGCGCUGGCCACCACCCGAAACUCUCGGUGGAGAGCAACGAAGGGAAGCUCCCCUGCGGCGGCAGUGACUACAUCAACAUGUCCCCAGCCAGCGGCUCCACCACCAGCACCCCGCCCGACUGCUACUUCGGGGGCGCGGGGCAGCCGGGCGUUGAGGAGGCUGCCACCACGGCCCACCACAAACCCAUCUAUUCCUACUUCUCGCUGCCACGCUCCUUCAAGCACGUGCACCGGCGGGGCGGCAGCGGGCCGGCGGCGGCGGGCGAGGAGGGCAGCCCCCAGCCCCGCAUUGCUCUCGGCUCCGGGCGCCUCCUCUACGCUGCCGAGGACUCGUCCUCCUCCACCAGCAGCGACAGCCUGGGCGGCAGUGGUGGCGGUGGCACCGAGGGCGGCCCCCAGCCGCAGGCGCAGCCCCCGCGCAAGGUGGACACAGCCGUGCAGACCAGGGGCCGCCUGGCGCGACCCACGCGCCUGUCGCUGGGCGGCCCCAAGGCCAGCACCCUGCCGCGGGCCCGGGAGCAGCCCCCGCUCCUCCUGCCCCCGGAGCCCAAGAGCCCGGGCGAGUACGUCAACAUCGAGUUCAUCACCGGCGAGAAGCCGGCCUUCCCCUCGGCCGCCCUGGGGCUGGGCUUGCCGCCGCCGCCGGGCAACGAGGGCGCCGAGGAGUACAUGAACAUGGAGCUGGGGCCGCCGCGGGCCCCCUGCCCCGCCGGCUUCGCCGCCGCGCGGGCGGCCCCCGCCGGCCGGGACUACGUGACGAUGCAGCUGGGGGGCGCCGCCGCCGGGGGCUCCUGCUCGGACUGCGCCGAUAGCCCUUCCCCCUGCUCGCCCGCCCUCCUGCUCAGCUACGCCGACGUGCGGGCGGGCCGCUCCGCCGCCGAGAAGCCCCCGCCGGCGGCGGCGGCGACGACGACGGCUUCCCCGGAGCUGCCGCGGCCGCCGGCCGAGCUGUCGGCGGCGCCGUCGCGCUCCUCCUCCCUGCUCGGGGGCCCCGGCGCGGGCAGCGCCUUCACCCGCGUCAGCCUCAGCCCCGGCCGCAACCAGAGCGCCAAGGUGAUCCGCGCUGACCCGCAGGGCGGCCGGCGGCGGCACAGCUCCGAGACCUUCUCGUCCACUCCGAGCGCCGCCCGCGGAGCGGCGGGCGGCGGCGGGCUCGGGGCGCCCUUCCCCUGCGGCGGCGCGGGGGGCGCCGAGGAGGUGAAGCGCCACAGCUCGGCCUCCUUCGAGAACGUCUGGCUGCGACCCGCCGCGGGGGAAGGCGGCCGGCGCCCCGCCGCCCGGCGGGAGGCGGGGGCCGCGCCCGCCCUGGAGAACGGGCUCAACUACAUCGACCUGGACUUGGUGAAGGACUUCAGUCACCGCCGCCACCACCACCUCCACCCCCCCGCCGAAGGCGCCGCUCUGCCGGGGGGCAAGCAGCCGCCGUCGCCGAAGACCCCGGGCCAGCCUCGCGGGAGCGGCCACUCCAGCGACGACUUAAGCGCGUACGCCAGCAUCAGCUUCCAGAAGCGGGAGGAGAUGUAG